AAAAUUUGUACAAAAAAAUUUUUUCUCUUUUUCUUUUUUUUCUACAUUCAUAAAGAUAUUAUAAGAGAUGGAUAAGCGCGACAACAUUCUGUUCAGCGACACGACCUCAAAAGGGCGGCAAGUGUUUGACCGGGUGUCGCGCAUCGACGGGCGCAGCCAAACGCACGACAUGAGCAUUAUCCUGGACAUCAACUCUGAGCUUUUCCCGAUCGACGCUGGCGAUAAAUUCAAGCUCACUCUGGCAUCAUCGCUUUCCCUCUCGGACGCCAAGGAGCAGCAGCAGGCGAGCUUUGGCAAGGGUGAGGCGAACUGGCGUGCGUACAUCAAUGGUGACGAGAGGUCGUUGGCGGACGACUACGACUAUGUUAUGUUUGGCAGGGUUUAUCGGUACGAUGAUGCGAGCGGGUCGAAGGUUUCGGCCUUUGUGUCGUUUGGCGGAUUGCUGAUGUGCCUGGAGGGCGACAUUCGCCAUUUGCAGAACUUUGUUGUUGGCGACAACAUGUAUCUGCUGAUGAAGACCAUAUAGUUCAGACGCUUUGUUUUUUAUUAAUUGGUUGGCUUUGGCUUAGGUUUUGGUGAUAUGCUAAUUAAAUAUUUGAUUCUUACCACGUUGCCAUCGUCACCGCCACCGCCACCAUUAUUGUGAGUGGGA